GUGUUUUCUCCACGGGGGCAGAAAGAAGCGUGACUGUGAAGGGAGAGACGUAACAACUCCCUACCUUCCACAGCUCCUUCUGUGGGGGGGAGACUGUGCGCAGACUUGUGCUUACUAAUUAACUUGCCAGAGAAGAAAAUUCACACAAAAGAGAAGAAGUCUCAUUUCUUAUCGUCUCGGGGUUUUUUUCCUCACAUGCAUGCAGCGACACUGAGCACUUAAAGCUGACGUUAACCCGUUAGCGGCGAGACGCAGGAGCUGCCACGAAUAGAUCCAGUAUCCACGACCCCGGUCGGCUGACCGGGAUAGGACCUCGUGUUCCUCUCGCACUGGACUCGUAUCUUUCCCCCCCUCCUUCUCUUCUUUUACUCCUUGGGCUGGUUCUAACUCCCGUUUUGUGGCUGUUAAUUACAUGAAGUGGAUUGUUGUGCUCGCUACAAACUCAAACCGGGACUAAACGUUGUGGUAGAGAGACGGAGAGAAAUGCCAACGGCGGUGACAAAGAGGAGAUUCAGUGUUAGUCUUUGAUCCUGUCAGAGUGGGACGCGUCUAGCAGGGGACCGAGGAGGGAGCAGUGCCAACUUGGAACAUGGUGCCUAAUAUUCACCUGGCAGGGCCCCUUCUCCCCAGAGGGGCGUUGCUGUUCCUGCUUUUACUCAGCUGCAUAGUCUUCUCUUCUCUAGCAGACAGCUUGCCAAGUUUCGUCAAAUCCCCUGAGGAUCAGACGGGCAUCUCGGGCGGAGUUGCAUCGUUUGUGUGCCAAGCCACAGGGGAGCCGAAACCAAGAAUCACCUGGAUGAAGAAAGGCAAGAAAGUCAGCUCCCAGCGUUUCGAGGUGAUUGAAUUUGACGACGGUUCGGGCUCCGUGCUGCGGAUCCAGCCUCUGCGCACGCACAGAGACGAAGCCAUUUACGAGUGCACGGCCACUAACAGCGCCGGCGAGAUCAACACCAGUGCCAAGCUUACAGUGCUUGAAGAGAACCAGGUUCCUCAUGGUUUUCCCACCAUCGAUAUGGGCCCCCAGCUAAAGGUGGUCGAAAAGACCAGAACUGCCACAAUGUUGUGUGCUGCCAGUGGAAACCCAGACCCAGAGAUCUCAUGGUUCAAGGACAUGCUUCCUGUGGAUAUCAGCAGCAGUAACGGGCGCAUCAAACAACUUCGCUCAGGUGGUACACCAAUUAGAGGAGCCCUGCAAAUUGAGAACAGCGAGGAGUCGGACCAGGGGAAAUAUGAAUGUGUCGCCAUGAACAGUGCCGGGACCCGUUACUCUGCUCCUGCCAAUCUCUACGUGCGAGUGCGAAGAGUCCCACCCAGAUUCUCCAUUCCACCCACCAAUCAGGAAGUGAUGCCGGGCGGCAGCGUCAACCUGACGUGCGUGGCAGUGGGCUCACCGAUGCCCUACGUCAAGUGGACCACGCCUGACGAGGAGCUAACCAAGGAAGAAGACAUGCCACUGGGACGCAAUGUGCUGGAGGUCACUAACAUUCGCAAAUCGACUAACUACACAUGCGUGGCCAUUUCUUCUCUGGGCAUGAUUGAAGCCACUGCUCAAGUUACUGUCAAAGCCUUACCAAAACCCCCCACCUCGCUCAGGGUGACUGAAACCACAGCUACCAGUGUAACUCUCUUAUGGGAGUCUGGAAACCCAGAACCUGUGUCCUACUACAUGAUCCAGUACAGAGCCAAAUCCUCCGACAAUGGCUUCCAGGAAGUCGAAGGUGUGGCUACCAACCGUUACAGCAUCGGCGGGCUUAGUCCGUACUCUGAAUAUGAGUUUCGCGUCAUGGCUGUUAAUAACAUUGGCCACGGGCCUCCCAGCGACCUUGUGGAGACACGCACAGGUGAACAGGCCCCUUCCUCACCGCCUCUACACGUCCAAGCGCGGAUGUUGAGCGCCAGCACAAUGUUAGUUCAAUGGGAACCACCCGAGGAACCCAAUGGGCAAAUCAGGGGCUACAGAGUCUACUACAGCUCUGACAUGACAGCGCCACUCAGCGCCUGGCAUAAACACAACACAGACGAUAGCAGCCUAACUACCAUCUCAGGACUGACUCCCGAUAUCACCUAUAGCCUCAGAGUGCUGGGUUUCACCUCUGUUGGUGAUGGGCCACCAUCUGACAUCCUGCAAGUCAAGACCCAGCAGGGAGUCCCUGCCCAGCCAUCCAGCUUUGAGGCUGAAGCCGAGCUGGACACGCGCAUCGUAUUGACGUGGCUGUGGCCCGUACAGGACCCCAUCACCAAGUAUGAGCUGCAGUACUGGGAAGCUGGCUCAGACAAUAAGAUUCACGUGACCUUCAACCCUGCAGGCUCCUAUGCUGUAGAGAACUUAAAGCCAGACACUUUGUACUAUUUCUCCCUGGCCGCCCGUUCUGAAAUGGGUUUGGGUGUCUACACCCAGCCCAUCGAGGCCCGCACUGCCCAGUCCACCCCGUCCGCCCCUCCUCAGGACGUACAACUGGUCAGCCUGAGCUCCACCAGCCUCAAGGUGAGUUGGGUGGCACCACCUGCCGCUAGCCGCCAUGGUGCCAUAGUGCGUUACACAGUCAGCUACCAGGCCCUGGCUGGAGAGGACACGGACAAGCACGAGGUCACUGGGAUCGGUGCAGACGCUACCAGCCAUGUGCUGGAGGGCCUGGAGAAGUGGACUGAGUAUCAAGUGUGGGUGAGGGCACACACUGAUGUGGGCCCAGGUCCUGAGAGUGCCCCAGUGAGGAUGAGAACCAAAGAGGAUGUGCCGGGAGCACCCCCUAGGAAAGUGGAGGUUGAGGCCAUAAAUUCCACAGCUAUCCGAGUCACCUGGAAGCCACCCCUGCAGGGGAAGCAGCACGGCCAAAUCCGAGGCUACCAGGUCGUCUUCUCCCGGCUCGAAAACGGAGAACCGCGAGGCCAGCCUAACAUCAUGGAUGUUUUUUUGCCAGAGGCCCAGUGGAAUAUUGAGGAAUCCACCGAGCAUGAGGCCAUAAUUGGUGGGCUGCAGUCUGAAACCACCUACUCUGUAACUGUAGCAGCAUACACCCUGAAGGGAGAUGGUGCUCGUAGCAAAGCUAAAGUCAUCACCACAACUGGAGCAGUGCCAGGCAAACCCAGUAUGAUGAUUAGUACCACCAUGGGCAACACAGCACUGCUCCAAUGGCAGCCCCCCAAGGAUAUGGUGGGGGAGCUGAUGGGCUACCAGCUGCAGUACAAGCGCACCGACGAGGACACCUACACCUCGCGCGAGAUGAGAAAGACUGACGACCACCAUACUGUCACCGGCCUGCACAAAGGCGCCACCUACGUCUUCCGCCUCAGCGCGCGUAACCGUGCAGGCAUCGGCGAACCUCACGUUAAGGAGAUCAGCACACCCGAAGACGUGCCCUCAGGCUUCCCGUCCAACCUCCAAGUUACGGGCCUGACGCAGUCCAGCACCCAGCUGACCUGGAAGCCCCCGCCGCUAGCGGAAAGGAAUGGCAAGAUCACACAUUACUUGGUGGUAUACAGGGACAUCAACAGUCAGACAAACAGCACCAACCGCACCACCGAAACACACAUGACUAUCCAGGACCUUAAACCUGACACCACUUACGACAUCCGGGUGCAGGCGUUCACCAGUAAGGGCGGCGGACCCCUCAGCCCCAGCAUUCAGAGCAGGACCAUGUCGAAUGGUAGGAUAAGUGCUUUCCCCACCCUGAACUUUGGUGUCAAAGCUGUCAUGAAAACGUCCGUCUUGCUCACCUGGGAUUUGCCGCCAAACUACAAACCCCAAGCACCUUUUAAGAUCUUGUAUAACCAGCAAAGCGUGGAAGUGAUGGGAAACCUGAAGAGGAAGCUGAUCACGCAGCUGCAGCCAGACACAGACUACUCCUUUGUACUGACAAGCAGGGGCAACAUUGCCGGAGGUCUUCAGCAGCAGGUGUCCAUCCGCACUGCCCCUGACCUGAUCCAGACCAAGCCCAGGACACAUCAUGCUCAAGGUGGCAAGAUGAACAUCACCCUGCCAAAGAUCCAGACCACCACUCGUGUCAAGUGGUACUACAUCGUUGUGGUGCCCAUGUCCCCGGUGACACGCAAGUGGAAGAAUCCAGACGAGAUGGACAUGGAUGAGCUGCUCAAAUCAAGUAGAAGUUCUGUCGUAAGACACCGACGUCACUUGGAUUCCACCAAGCCUUACAUUGCUGCCAAGCUUGCGUCACUUCCAACCACCUUCAUGCUGGGUGAUGAGAAAAGGUACGACGAAUUCUUCAACAAGCCCCUGACGAGCUCACAGCAGUAUCUCUGCUUUGUCUUGGCUGAACUUCAAUCUGAAGGGACUGACAGCGCUGCUCAGUAUAUGACAUAUUCAGCUAGUCCCUACUCAGAUCCAAUCGAGGUCACUUCAAGUAUGCCUCAAGGGAUGGAGCAGUCUGAAAUGCUGUGGGUCAUGGGCCCAGUGCUGGCUGUGCUGCUCAUCAUCAGCAUCGUCAUCGCCAUCCUCAUCUUUAAGAACAAACAGGAAAGGAAGCGUGCAUCACCCUUACCUAAAGACGAGCACUCGGGCGGGGUGAAAGACUCCCUGCUGGGCAACUCUUCCGACCCUGUAGAAAUGCGAAGACUCAACUACCAGACCCCAGGUCCCAGCUCUCAUCGCUGCCCCAACACUCCAAGAAUGAGGGAGCACCCCCCCAUUCCCGUCGCUGACCUGGCUGACCACAUAGAGCGACUCAAGGCCAAUGACGGCCUCCGCUUUUCCCAGGAGUACGAGUCCAUUGAUCCGGGCCAGCAGUUUACCUGGGAAAACUCAAACAUGGAAGUAAACAAGCCAAAGAACCGCUAUGCAAACGUAAUCGCCUAUGAUCACUCCAGAGUGGUGCUCACCUCCGUUGAUGCCGUUCCAGGAAGUGACUACAUUAACGCCAAUUACAUCGACGGCUACAGGAAGCAGAAUGCCUACAUUGCUACUCAGGGGCCUCUGCCAGAGACACUGAGUGAUUUCUGGAGAAUGGUGUGGGAGCAGAGAUCCAGCACCAUUGUCAUGAUGACCAGACUGGAGGAAAAGUCAAGGGUGAAGUGUGACCAGUAUUGGCCAUCGCGAGGAACAGAGACCUAUGGGAUGAUCCAGGUCACCAUGUUGGACACUGUAGAGUUGGCAACGUACAGCGUCCGUACUUUCGCCCUCUACAAGAAUGGCUCCAGUGAAAAGAGGGAGGUGAGACAGUUCCAGUUCAUGGCCUGGCCAGACCACGGGGUGCCCGAGUAUCCCACACCGAUCCUGGCCUUCCUUCGGCGGGUAAAAGCCUGCAAUCCUCCAGAUGCAGGGCCCAUGGUGGUCCACUGCAGUGCUGGCGUGGGCAGGACUGGCUGCUUCAUUGUGAUCGAUGCCAUGCUGGAGCGCAUGAAACAUGAGAAAUCUGUAGACAUAUACGGCCAUGUGACGUGCAUGCGUGCCCAGAGGAACUAUAUGGUCCAGACUGAGGACCAGUACAUCUUUAUUCAUGAAGCCCUACUGGAGGCCGCUACCUGCGGCAACACCGAGGUGCCAGCCCGCAACCUUUACGCCCACAUCCAGAAACUCACCCAGCCCGCACCUGGAGAGACGGUCACCGCUAUGGAGCUGGAGUUCAAGAGACUGGCCAACUCCAAAGCCCACACGUCACGCUUUAUCAGCGCCAACUUGCCCUGCAACAAGUUCAAGAACCGCCUGGUGAACAUCAUGCCUUUCGAAUCCACGCGUGUCUGCCUGCAGCCCAUCCGAGGUGUCGAGGGCUCAGACUAUAUCAACGCCAGCUGCAUCGAUGGCUACAGACAGCAGAAAGCCUACCUGGCCACCCAGGGCCCGCUGGCUGAAACCACUGAAGACUUCUGGAGGAUGCUGUGGGAGCACAACUCCACCAUUGUUGUCAUGCUCACCAAGCUACGAGAGAUGGGACGGGAGAAGUGUCAUCAGUACUGGCCAGCAGAGCGGUCAGCCAGGUACCAGUACUUUGUGGUGGAUCCGAUGGCUGAGUACAACAUGCCUCAGUACAUCCUCAGAGAGUUCAAAGUCACAGAUGCCAGGGAUGGCCAGUCCAGAACAAUCCGCCAGUUCCAGUUCACCGACUGGCCAGAGCAAGGAGUGCCAAAAACUGGAGAAGGCUUCAUAGAUUUCAUUGGACAGGUGCACAAAACCAAGGAACAGUUUGGACAGGACGGACCAAUCACUGUACACUGCAGUGCCGGGGUGGGCAGGACCGGAGUCUUCAUCACCCUCAGCAUCGUGCUAGAGAGGAUGAGGUAUGAAGGUGUGGUUGACCUCUUCCAGACAGUAAAGACGCUUCGCACCCAGCGGCCCGCCAUGGUGCAGACAGAGGACCAGUACCAGCUGUGCUACAGGGCAGCACUGGAGUACCUGGGGAGCUUUGACCACUAUGCAACGUAACCACUCCCACCGAGCACCUUCCCCGGUCAGACCUCUCAGGAGUGUGCCAAGUGUCCCAUCUCAGCCGCCAUCCAAUCACUUGAUCCCCCCCAGUCCCCGCCCCCACCCCGCUACAAACCCUGUCCCCUCGCAGCUACCGGAGGGGCGGAGAAAGGGAUGAGCUUGCUGACCCGUUGACGGUUUUUAUCCAAUCACAGAGAUACACGCCGAGUUAACCAACCACCUGAGAUUUUUUUGCUUUAAAAUAAUAAAACAUUACAGUGACUAUUGACAACUAUGACAACUCUUGUACAGACCCGACGGCGCAGACUGGCAGCUCGCCUCUCUGCUCCGCCGAAGCCAAUCCUCCCUGAUUGUCAAAGGCUACUGGUAGCACAAAGAGAGCAUUUUCAUUUUUGUUGUUGUUUUUAUUGUGUUUUUAUGAUUCAUUUUGUCAAACGUUAUUGUUUAGUAUACAUUUUUUGGGGGUUGUUUUUAAUAAUCGUUUUAAUAUCAUGCAUUUCUUCUGUCUUAAACUGCCCAGCAGCCUCGGGUAUGCAUUAUUUUCAUAAUCAUUUAUAGGGUACUUUAGCAGAGGGGACAUGUGUUUUUAACAUGUUCCUAGGUACUAAUACAGGAGGACCACUGUUCUCUGAGCUGCUCUCAGAUGUUUUUUUGUCACAUCACAUUGUUGUUUUUAUCAUUUUAUGUGUCAUAAACGUUGUUUUUGGUCUUACUCAGUUCAAUAGCUCAAAUUUUGCCUUUUCACUUGCCGUUUCAAGUGUACGGAAAAAAAAAAUCAACUGAGAAAAUUGAUUUCAGAGCACAGACUUGCUGUAGUUGUCUUGUAAACGUGGUAGCUAGCUAAAAACACAAGUGAAAUAUCUAACAAGAGACUAAAUCAGAGUUGUACAGAAAUGGAAAGCACAUUAUUUGUACGGUUUUUGGGUUGUUGUUUUUUUUUUCUUUUUUCCUGUUUUGUUUUGGGUUGUUUUGUUGUUUUUUUUCAUCAGAAGCCUAUGGCAUUGAGGCCUUCAUACUCCACUGAGGAGAACUUACCUGAGGAAAGACAAACUUUUAUACCCAAAGGGUAGGCAACAGAAUAUAAACUUCCGCUCUCUGAACAUAGAUGCUCUUCAAGUCCCUCCCAUCUCCUCACUCACCAUUAACCUCGGUUUGCUGGAGUGGAACCACGCAGACCGGAUGGGAGCGGAAGUGGUUCAUAUGGGCUGAGGAGCAGAGCCAUCAGCGUUGGUACCUGUACAGAAUCAACCAUUCCUACCAGAGGGAAAAAGACUCAGCCCUUUGGACUGAUAUUAUUUUAUACAGAAAUAGAACUAUAAAUAUAUAUAUAUAUAUAUAUAUAUAAUUAUGAUUGAUUAUAUAUAUGUACAAUUACACAUAGAUAUAUACACAGCUUCAAAAGUAUAUUGUUAAAAAGGAUAAAUUCUGCUGAUCUACCUAGAGACACCGCAGAGAGCCUGCUGUCCUAGCGUGUGUAUUAAUGGAAACACCCGUUGUAUCUACUGUACUACCAUAGUAACUUUGACAGCCGGUUGUUCGCCCGAAUGAGGAAAAACAGCACAAAACCCCCCCCAACACACACCCCGACCCCAUCAAAUGGACGACUCCUCACUCGCCACGGGCAUCGCACUGCUCAAGCACACAGCUUCUCCCACACAAACUGCAGGAGGGGAGCUUCAGAUCCAGAAGGCCUAAGUGUGGUGGUGGUGGUGGGAGGAAUGGGAGGGAGUGGGGUGGGGGGACUUGAAAACGCUGGCAAAAAAAAACAAAUGUUCAUUUUUACCUUGUGAAUGCUUAGUGCUGUAGGGGUUCGAUCUGUUGUACACAGUCUGUUUUCUAUUUGUUGAUAAAGAACUGGAAUUUCAAAAGAAACUGUUGAUGAUAAAAAAAAAAACCAUUGAUGUUAAUAAAGUUACAUAAUUGGGUUUUUGUA